CGCGAUGUCAAGGCAUUCGCGCAGUUGAUAUCUAUUCCCUUCUAUUCUGAACCCUCCAUUCCUGAGCGAAUUGGUACUUGUUCUGUGAUCACCGCGGCAGACAUGGCUCUACGUGUCCCGCAUCGACUCUUCCCCGCUGCAGCUCCCAAGAGUAUUAUUACUCCCGCCACGGCUGUCUCAGUGAACCAAAUCCAAGGAUUGCCCUCAUUGCACUCACCCGCAUUGCGAUAUCCUACCACUCGUGCCGCAUCCUCCUUCUCUGCCUCAUCUCUUCGUUUCCGUUGUUCUUGUUCUGGACCUACACAGAAGUCCCAGACACGGCAGAAGCUGCAGUGGCAAUCACUAUCACAGUUGCAGUCACAGGCGCGGACACGGCUGGAAUCACACCGGCGGACUAUGGCGACGACAUCGACGUCAGCACCUGCACCUGCAGCUGCAUCUACCCCAAUCGUCCCCACCGACGUUCCGAUCAAAUAUGCAGAAGGGGAGGACGUGAGACAGUUAUCGUCUGAGGUGAAGGCGUUAGUUGACAAUGGAUGGAGGGUCGACGAGGAAGGGAUGGGAGUGAAGAAAACGUUUUAUUUCAAGGGAUAUUUCAAGGCCGUGAGUUUCGUCAAUUUUGUUGCAGCGGAGAGUGCGGCGAAGAAGCAUCACGCUGUUAUGACCGUUAGAAUAGGAUCCGUCGAUGUCUACUGGACAACACAUCACCCGCGAGGCCUUACCCACAAGGACACAUCCUUGGCGAGACACUGCGAUAAGGGCGCAGAGCUGAUGGGGUCAGUGGAAGAGGGACAGGGACAAAAAUGCGGACCAGGACCUGGACAGGCAUAGGCCGUGCGCAGUCAGUCUCCUAGGUUAAUUGAGCUUGUUUGUGAUUCUGCUGCGUGGUUAUGCGGUGCAGCAGCGGACAGUGUACAGCGUAGAUGGCUUUGCGCGAUUCACAUGCUGGAUCGAGUGCCUAGUCAGAUUUUAGAGCGAGGUAAAAGUGCUCCAUGGAUAUUUUUAUGACCGGCUGGCCUCGAUCACCGCAGACCCCUUUUGCAACGAGUAUGAUCGAUGCACAUCCCUGGUCGUCCUGACUAGUGCAGUGGGGAGGCUCGGGCUGAUGGACGCUCCUGUUGGCUCGCAGACGGUGGAUUCGGGAAGGUGGAAAAAAAAAACGCAGGGGAAAGAUUGAAACAUUCAACGGUUUUCCCAUUCUGGACCUGGUUGUUGACAGGGCAUGGCUGUUGAUGUCGAUGGUCUGGAGGAGCAUGCAAUACAGCCUUCAUCCACGAUCAAGAGCAGACCAGCACGCGCCAGUUUCAACGGGACAUCAACAGUCCUCAUCAUCAUGAAGUUAUGGAUCCAUCUCAGCACGCGCCACCAGAGACGACACACAGACCGGUCGAUAUGAGCUAAAUCCAGAUUAUUCCCCGCCGUUGCUGGCUUUGUGGACCGGAUUCCUGGAUGCUGGGAGAGAGACGGGAUAAUCCUCCAGCCCUGGACUAGCCUGGACAAUUAAUAUGAGCAAUUCGGUGAUUAUCAUCGACCAGACGGCCAAUAAUAAUACUAUCGCAGAGUAUCCUUUUGAUGAUCAGGAG